CAUGUUUUGUGAAUCGUGAAUUAUAAAUGUUUAGAUUUUCAAUUUUUUCGCGUUAAGUAUUUAUAAUAAAAUUGACCAUUCCCGAAUUUCCUGAAGUGUUUUUAUUCCACUUCGUCCGAAUGCCGUAUUACGAUUAUUGAUUACGUAAGCGGCUGGUAUCCCACAGAAUUAUGGUAACUUAAGUUUAUAUUCAUAGAUGUUCGUAAUUUAAUUAUUUAAUUUUUCAUUACUAGAAAUAAUGUAUUGGAAUGGCAUUUUGAUGACCAAUCGAUCAUAAUAAUGUUAAAUGAAUUUGGUUACCAUAUGUUUCGAUAAAUAAAAUACUUACCAUUUUGUUAGCAUUACUGUGGUUUUGGUAUACUGUCCAAAGAUAUCAAAAUAUGGUAUUAAUAUAAUCUCAUAUUAUGUUUUAUCAAUUUUUAUAUUGUCAAAUGAGAAGUUCUGGAUAUGGCUAUACGGCAUAGUGUUAAACUGUUAGUAUUUUUAACAUAAACAGUUACUUUUGUUUGAUAUGAGAUACAAAACUAAAUUAUGAUUUACAAUUUAUGAUUUGUGAUUCAAGUUAUUUACACUAUUAAUGUCUCAUAAGCAAUUAUUAUUGGUUUUUUGUUUUCGCUUUAUAAAAAAGUAGUGUUUUUUUUGUAAAUUUAUAUAAGUAUUUGUAUAAAUUGUGAAGACCAACAUUAUGCAAUCUGAAACACCAAAAAAAAUAUUUUCCAGUCUUCUGGUAAUAAUCUUAGAUGUUAAUCCUGCUCAAGAUACUUUGUUAAGUGGAGAAAUAAAAUUGUCGUCCAUUCUUAGUUCAGUUGUUGCUUUUGCCAAUUCUCAUCUUAUGCUCCGAACACAUAAUAAAGUUGCAGUGCUUGCAUCUGAUCCAAAUAGUUGUGAUUUUAUAUAUUCCGAUCAAGAUGAACUUGAUUUUAAAAAAAAAACUGUUAGUAGUUGUAAAAUGGGUGGAAGUCAAUAUGAACUAUUUAGCCAUAUAGAUCGUUCUAUCAAAUUUAACAUAGUAAAAUUUCUCAGAGAUGCAGCUGAAGAACCACAUAUGUCAAGAGAUACAGUUUUUGGUGCAUCUUGUGCUAAAGCAUUAUGUUAUAUAAAUAGAUUGCAAAGUAAUCUUUUACCAGGUGAAACAAUGAAUUCAAGAAUAUUGAUUAUAUCUGGUUGUGAUAAUGAAGGAGAUAAAUACAUACGUUGUAUGAAUACAUUUUUUACUGCUCAAAAACAAAAUGUUGCUAUUGAUGCUUGUAGUCUUACUCAUGAUGUAACACUAUUGAAACAAGCAUGCUAUAUCACAGAAGGUUCAUAUUUUCGUAUGCCUAAAUUGGAAGGACUUUUAUUGUAUUUACAAUGGAUAUUUUUAACAGAACCUUCUUCUAGAAAAAAAUUAGUUAUACCAUUAGCUCCGCAGUUGGAUUUUCGACCAUUUUGUUUUUGUCAUGGGACUCUAACAGCGAUUGGUUUUGUAUGUUCACUAUGUUUAACUAUUUAUUGCAAAAUAAGUCCUAUUUGCACUACUUGCGAAGCAGUAUUUAAGGUUCGAUCAGCCAUCGCAGUUAAGCCUAAAAAAAAGAAAACUAAAGUGACAACUGUUAAUAACUAAUUUUUUAUUAGUUAUUUUAUGAUUAUGUUAUUGCUUAUUCAAAUUGAUGUUACUUCAAAUAUCAGUGUAAAAGAUAUGUGUAAUCAUGGAGUUUACUGUUGUAAUGUAGAUAGUUUACUUAAAUUUGUAUUUUAUUGAUUUGGAUAAUUAUUUAUAGUAUUU